UUCCUGCGAUGAUUACGUCCUAUCCAAACACCACCCUGGCCACUCAGGGUCAGAAGAAGGAAAUGAGCUGCACGGCCCAUGGCGAGAAGCCUAUCAUAGUCCGCUGGGAGAAGGAAGACAGAAUCAUUAACCCCGAAAUGGCCCGCUAUCUCGUGUCAGUCAAGGAGCUGGGAGAGGAGGUGAUUUCCACUCUGCAGAUUUUGCCAACGGUAAGAGAAGAUUCUGGCUUCUUCUCCUGUCACGCUAUCAAUUCUUAUGGGGAGGACCGUGGAAUAAUUCAGCUCACAGUGCAAGAGCCUCCAGACCCUCCUGAAAUUGAGAUCAAAGAUGUGAAGGCACGUACAAUCACCCUCAGGUGGACCAUGGGAUUUGAUGGAAACAGCCCCAUCACGGGCUAUGACAUUGAAUGCAAAAAUAAAUCAGACUCCUGGGAUUCUGCUCAGAGAACCAAAGAUGUUUCCCCUCAGCUGAACUCGGCCACCAUCAUUGACAUCCACCCUUCCUCCACCUACAGCAUCCGAAUGUACGCCAAGAACCGGAUUGGCAAGAGUGAGCCCAGCAACGAGCUGUCCAUCACCGCGGACGAGGCAGCUCCCGACGGCCCACCUCAGGAAGUUCGCCUGGAACCCAUCUCAUCCCAGAGCAUCAGGGUCACCUGGAAGGCUCCCAAGAAACAUCUGCAAAAUGGGAUUAUCCGUGGCUACCAAAUAGGUUACCGCGAGUACAGCACUGGAGGCAGCUUCCAGUUCAACGUCAUCAGUAUCGACACCACGGGGGACAGUGAGGUUUACACCCUCAGCAACCUCAACAAGUUCACCCAGUACGGCCUGGUGGUGCAGGCCUGCAACCGGGCCGGGACGGGGCCUUCUUCUCAGGAAGUCAUCACCACCACCCUCGAGGAUGUGCCCAGUUACCCCCCCGAAAAUGUCCAAGCCAUAGCAACAUCACCAGAAAGCAUAUCAAUAUCCUGGUCCACACUUUCCAAGGAAGCCUUGAAUGGAAUUCUCCAGGGGUUCAGAGUCAUUUACUGGGCCAACCUCAUGGACGGAGAGCUGGGUGAGAUUAAAAACGUCACCACCACGCAGCCCUCCCUGGAGCUGGACGGGCUGGAGAAAUACACCAACUACAGCAUCCAGGUGCUGGCCUUCACCCGGGCUGGGGAUGGCGUGCGAAGCGAGCAGAUCUUCACUCGGACCAAAGAGGAUGUUCCAGGUCCCCCCGCAGGAGUCAAGGCGGCUGCGGCCUCAGCCUCCAUGGUCUUUGUGUCUUGGCUCCCACCUGUCAAGUUGAAUGGCAUCAUCCGAAAGUACACGGUGUUCUGCUCCCACCCCUACCCCACGGUGAUCAGCGAGUUUGAAGCCUCUCCUGACUCAUUUUCCUACAGAAUUCCUAACCUGAGUCGGAAUCGGCAGUACAGCGUCUGGGUGGUGGCCGUGACCUCAGCCGGGAGAGGCAACAGCAGUGAAAUCAUCACAGUGGAGCCAGUAGCUAAAGCUCCCGCACGAAUCCUGACCUUCAGUGGCACGGUGACUACUCCAUGGAUGAAAGACAUCGCCUUGCCUUGUAAAGCUGUUGGGGACCCUUCUCCUGCGGUAAAGUGGAUGAAAGACAGUAACGGGACACCCAGCCUCGUAACGGUUGAUGGGCGGAGAAGCGUCUUCAGCAACGGCAGCUUCGUCAUCCGGACGGUGAAGGCGGAAGAUUCCGGCUAUUACAGUUGCAUCGCCAAUAACAACUGGGGAUCAGAUGAAAUUAUUCUAAACUUACAAGUACAAGUUCCACCAGAUCAGCCUCGGCUUACAGUUUCCAAAACCACCUCUUCCUCCAUCACCCUUUCAUGGCUUCCUGGGGACAACGGGGGCAGUUCUAUCAGAGGUUACAUAUUGCAGUACUCUGAGGAUAACAGUGAGCAGUGGGGAAGUUUUCCCAUCAGCCCAAGCGAACGUUCUUACCGCCUGGAAAAUCUGAAAUGUGGGACUUGGUACAAGUUCACUCUUACUGCACAAAAUGGAGUGGGACCGGGGCGCAUAAGUGAAAUCAUAGAAGCGAAAACAUUAGGAAAAGAGCCCCAGUUCUCGAAGGAGCAGGAACUUUUCACCAGCAUCAAUAUCACACGUGUGAGGCUGAACCUCAUCGGCUGGAAUGACGGCGGCUGCCCCAUCACCUCCUUCACGCUCGAGUACAGACCCUUCGGGACCGCGGUCUGGACCACGGCUCAGCGGACCUCUCUCUCCAAGUCGUACAUCCUGUACGACCUGCAGGAAGCCACGUGGUAUGAGCUGCAGAUGAGGGUGUGCAACAGCGCUGGCUGUGCCGAGAAGCAGGCCAACUUCGCCACGCUCAACUACGACGGCAGUACAAUCCCUCCACUCAUUAAGUCAGUUGUCCAAAGUGAUGAAGGGCUGACGACCAAUGAAGGGCUCAAGAUGCUGGUGACCAUCUCCUGUAUCCUGGUGGGCUUGCUGCUGCUGUUCGUACUCCUGCUGGUGGUUCGGAGGAGGAGACGGGAGCAGAGGCUGAAGAGGCUGAGAGAUGCAAAGAGUUUAGCUGAAAUGCUCAUGAGUAAGAAUACCCGGACUUCAGACACGUUGAGCAAGCAACAGCAAACCCUGAGGAUGCACAUUGACAUACCCAGGGCUCAGCUUUUGAUUGAAGAGAGAGACACAAUGGAGACCAUUGAUGAUCGCUCCACGGUCCUGUUGACGGAUGCUGACUUCGGAGAGGCAGCGAAACAAAAGUCCCUGACGGUGACACACACGGUCCAUUACCAGUCAGUGUCGCAGGCCACCGGGCCCUUGGUGGAUGUUUCAGACGCUCGGCCGGGAACGAAUCCCACCACCAGGAGGAAUGCGAAGGCUGGGCCCACAGCGAGAAACCGGUACGCCAGCCAGUGGACCCUCAACAGACCCCACCCCACCGUUUCAACACACACCCUCACCACUGACUGGAGGCUGCCAACACCCAGGGCUGCGGGGUCCAUGGACAAGGAGAGUGACAGUUACAGCGUCAGCCCCUCCCAAGACACAGAUCGAGCACGAAGCAGCAUGGUCUCCACAGAAAGUGCCUCUUCCACUUACGAAGAACUGGCCAGGGCCUACGAACACGCCAAGAUGGAAGAGCAGCUGAGGCACGCCAAGUUCACCAUCACGGAGUGCUUCAUCUCAGACACAUCGUCCGAGCAGUUGACGGCAGGGACAAAUGAGUACACAGACAGUCUGACCUCCAGCACCCCCUCAGAAUCGGGGAUCUGCAGGUUCACCGCAUCUCCCCCCAAACCUCAGGAUGGAGGACGCGUGAUGAACAUGGCAGUUCCGAAGGCGCAUCGGCCAGGUGACCUCAUCCACUUGCCUCCAUACCUUCGAAUGGACUUCUUGUUGAAUCGAAGUGGUCCAGGCGCCAGCAGGGACCCAAGUUUAGGGCAGGCAUGCUUGGAGCCCCAGAAAAGUCGGACCCUGAAACGCCCCCCAGUCCUCGAGCCCAUCCCCAUGGAGGCUGCCUCCUCCACGGCCUCCACGAGGGACGGACAGCAGUGGCAGCAGGGGGCCGUGGCCACAUUACCUCAGCGGGAGGGGGUGGAGCUGGGACAGGCAGCCAAGAUGAGCAGCUCCCAGGAAUCCCUGCUGGACUCUCGGGGCCAUUUGAAAGGCAGCAAUCCCUACACCAAGUCCUACACCCUGGUAUAACCAACGGCAUGACUGGACAGCGGUUGUAAAUACGGUUUAAAAAAUUCAAUCAAAGCUACCUUUUUUUUACAGAAUUCCAAUAUUUAUAAUGAAAGAAAAUUGCCAAAAUAUAUUAAAAAAAAAAAAAGAGAGAGAGAGAGAGAGAAAAUACUGAAAAAAACCACAGACAGUGCAAAGACUCUCCUGCUUUUUUUCUGUCUGAGUGUGAGCUCCAUCUGCCUGGGCAUCUGAUUUUUUGGGAAAGAAGUCCAGUUUUAUGAUCUUCACGGGCUAUUGCAUUUUUACUGAUUUUCUACAAUGUGCAUGGGGGACACAUUCAACCUUCUGACUGGAAGUUCUAUCACACAAGAUUCAAGAAAGAAAACAGGAAAAAAAAAUUACCUUCUUUGUGAAUUUAAAAGGAACCUUGAUUUGGGGGCCGGGGGAAACGUUAGUCAUGUUUGCACACCUUUCUUUCCCAUUAGAAAUCGGGUCCUUGAUUUGACCUCCUUCUGUUGUUACUUAGGAUGAGUGCCGUCAGUGGAGGGGUGGGGGGAAUCAAUUUGGUUUUCUUUUUUGUUUAUUUUUUAAUUUAAUGAGACACUCUUUGCAUUUUGUCUAAGUGAAAUAAAAAAGAAAAGGUGGUCUGCCU